UUCUCUUAUCUUCAGCCUUGUCGUCCGAUGAUGCGCCUAUUAAUGCUGAUCUGAUAUCAAUACUCCGUAUAUCCCCUCGUCUGCUUGCACCUGUACCUGUACCUGUACUACAUAUAUGUAUUUCGUCGUCACCAAAGAUGCCUCUUGCAACACUCUUUCGUUGUGUGUGCUCGGUACGGAGGGCGGUCUGGUGACUUGGGACGAAGAAAGGAUCAAGGCCCAUUCUUCGUCCGAUGUUUCAAGGUUAUCCGUUUCCCCGCUGAACUUGAGCUACUGUACGAGUAGCGAGCCAGAGUUAACUUGCUACUCCCUACCUCAUCGUAUGAGGGACAGCCCACGGUACUCAACGAUCACGAUUCAGUCCCAGGCAGCAGAAGAGCCUCAUAGAACCGUGACGGCCGCUUGACAAGUCUGGGCAAAGUCUAGCAGACAAUCGUGUCCUCGCGCUCGAGCGCAAUAAUUGCCUUCUUAUUUGCUAGAAGUACAAGUAGAAGCUCCCAGACGGAGAGUAGAAGAGCUCCUACUCCCAUUCAGCAUCGCUCAUUCCACCCCACAUCCAGACCUCAAUAUGCCAGACCGACCAUCCUUAAACAUCUCUUCGCGCGAACGUUCCAAUUUCCAAUCAAAGUCAGCGACAGAUGUAACCGGGGAAUUGAAUCGCACGUCCAGCAACAUCGCAGACCACGAUCCAGCGGCUGGUCCGUCCGGUUCAUGGCCUGACCCGAACAACCAUACCAAUCCCUACGAUCCCGCUACCAAUUCCUCCACCCCUCCUCCGCGCGAACAUUCCUUGACACGGCGUAUGUUUGGAUGGGUUCCUCAUGUUGGAGAUACCGGAAAUGAAGCUCAAGAUACAUCAGGGGAUUCGGUCGCGGGGAGAAGGAGGUCCAACAAUGACAGUACCGACCCGGAUUCCACUAUAAUACAAUUGCACAACGCGGCAGAAAAUAAAAAGGCAAAUGGAGAUCCUACAGCUCCCAGGCCUGGACUUGGUCCUAGGCCGAUUGGCGGGAGUGACAAGUUGGGCAUGUUCUCGGGAGUAUACGUCCCAACUUGUCUCAAUGUUCUUAGUAUUCUCAUGUUCUUGAGGUUUGGUUUCUUACUAGGUUUGUUAUUCCCUUUUCAUUAUGAUCCUGAGAAAAUCGAAUCUAGAGAUCUCCGCCUGAAUGGGUGUCUGCCUAUGUCUGCAAGCCCAUGGUAUUAACCUCCCCCUCUCUUCUGCGGAUGGAAAUCGAAAAGAUCAGAAAAAUGAUCUAUACCUGAUACCUUGGACCAUGGAAUUAUGCACAAUUAGAUUUUUAAAUGAACGCUGCCAAACUUCUAAAUACCACUGACACAAAUAUAGGUCAAGCCGGAACCCUUGGUAUGAUGGGUAUGCUUAUCGCCUCAUAUGCCAUCAACCUCAUAACCACAUUCUCUCUAUCUGCCAUUGCAUCCAACGGUACAGUCAGAGGAGGCGGCGCCUACUAUCUCAUUUCGAGAUCUCUUGGGCCAGAAUUCGGAGGCGCCAUCGGUGUCGUGUUUUACCUUGGAUUUGCCUUUAACACAGGAAUGAACGCAGUGGGUUUAAUCGAUUGUAUAAAAUUGAAUUUCGGCUCCGAAACCGGGAACUGGUCAAACAUCAUGCCAGAAAGCCCUUGGUAUUUAUACUUGUGGGCGACUGUUGUUUUAGUAAUCUGUACGGCAAUCUGCCUUGCAGGAUCAUCUAUUUUUGCUCGGGCAAGUAAUGGAUUGCUGGUCGUCCUCCUUAUUUCUACGUUGAGUAUUCCAUUCUCGGCUUUGGUCAAAGCGCCAUUCGAAAGUAGAAAGUUGGGUAUCGAUUACACCGGACCCAGCUUGGAUACCUUCAUCGGGAAUCUCAAGCCUCGCCUUACCCAAGGCGCUGCGGGAAGUCAACUCGAAGGAAAAGAGACCUUCCAGGAUCUCUUUGGAAUUUUAUUUCCUGCUACGGGCGGAAUCUUUGCAGGAGCAAGCAUGUCUGGAGACUUGAGGAACCCCUCCAAGUCAAUUCCGAAAGGAACAUUAUAUGGUUUGGCAACUACUUUUGUAUUGUAUACAUUAGUCAUUCUUGCUAUGGCUGGUACCAUUGCCAGAUCGUCCUUCGUAAACAAUGCCAAUGUAAUCCAGGAUACCAAUGUUUCCGGACUCGUCAUUCUUGCUGGAGAGUUUGCUAGUUCCUUCUUUUCGACUCUCAUGGGUGUCAUAGGGUCUGCCAAACUCUUGCAGGCAUUGGCGAGAGAUAAUCUUCUCCCAGGAUUUUCAGUUUUUGGCCAAGGAACCAAAAUUGGUGACGAACCUACUUCUGCUAUUAUUGCCACCUACUUUGUGGCUCAAGUUACAAUGCUUGCCGACAUCAAUCAGAUCGCAUCCUUCGUCACGAUGACUUACCUGGUGGGUCAACCCUCUCUUCUAACCUGUCCGCUUCCAUCUUUUCACUCUACCUCUCUUUAUGAUCGUGAAAUUGGUCGCUUAAUUUGAUGUUGCUUUGAUGGCCUUUUUAUGACAGAGGAUUGAAUCAGGCCCCUUCUCUUCACGGCAUGCAACCAGCAACUAAACUAUCAUCUCAAUUGUGCUCAACUAUCGAGUGUAAUACUGACGGUAUUAGAUGACUUUCCUGGUCAUGAAUUUAGCUUGUUUCCUUCUCAAAAUAAGUUCUGCACCAAACUUCCGGCCCUCAUUCCACUUCUUCAACUGGCAAACGGCAUUAGCAGGCACCAUCGUCUCUGGAACGGCCAUGUUCUUUGUCGAUGGAAUAUAUGCCACUGCUUGCGUAGGUGUAUUGGUUGUCAUCUUUCUGAUCAUUCAUUAUGCUAGUCCCCCAAAGAGUUGGGGUGAUGUUUCGCAGAGCUUGAUCUAUCAUCAAGUGAGAAAAUAUUUGCUUCGACUAAAGCAAGAACAUGUCAAGUUCUGGAGGCCACAGAUAUUACUAUUUGUGAAUGAUCCUCGCCGACAGUAUCGCCUAAUUCAAUUCUGUAACUCCAUGAAAAAGGGUGGGUUAUAUAUUCUAGGCCAUGUUAUUGUUACAGAUGACUUUGGGGGAUCGGUUCCUGAGGCUCAGCGGCAACAAGCGGCUUGGACAAAGUACAUCGACUUCUCCAAGAUCAAAGCUUUUGUGAAUAUCGCAAUUUCACCUGGACUCGAGUGGGGUGCCCGAAAUAUUCUCAUGUCUGCUGGGCUUGGGGGUAUGCGUCCAAACAUUUGUGUGUUGGGGUUUUACAACCUUGAUGAGUUACGCAAGAACAAACCUCUUAUCGACGCACCAGAGAUGGCACCAGCAUCAUCAGAUGGGCCAAGCGGUGAAGUACCAGCACAUUUACGAAAACCUCGCCGUCGUGACAGUAAAGAUGUCAAAUCCGAGGGAUAUUUACCCACUGAUGCCUGCAAGACUGAAGGAAUGAUGAGUGUGAUGAGCUACGUUACGGUUCUUGAAGAUCUUUUGCUGCGAUUACAGAUCAAUGUGGCGGUUGCCAAGGGCUUUCAAAACCUCGAAUUUCCUCAUGGGGAGGGAGAGCAUGACAAAAAGUAUAUUGAUUUAUGGCCGAUUCAAAUGUCUGCCGAAAUCGCAUCGGAAGAAAAUGGCAAGCAAAACGUUCUCACAACUAAUUUUGAUACAUGUAUGUCCCUUAUUAAAGUAUCUCUAUUCAUGCUGACUGAUGUCUGGUAGAUACAUUGAUUUUACAGCUUGGAGUUAUCCUGAAUACUGUUCCGGCAUGGAAGAAAGCCUAUAAAUUGCGAGUCGCAGUGUUUGUUGAGUACGAAUCCGAUGUCGAAGAGGAGCGAGGCCGAGUAAAGUCUCUUCUUGAAAAGCUUAGAAUUGAAGCCCAAAUACUUGUCUUUUGGCUGGCUUCAGGAAACCUCCCCACGUAUGAGAUUAUCGUCAAUGGAUCGAAUGAGUCCCGAGAAGAUCGAGAGAGGGUUGACACUGUCUUGGAAGGAGAGGAAUGGUGGGAUGAAUUGCAGAAGCUGCGCGGUAAUCGGGGUGGCAGUUCGGCUGUAGAAGACCUUUCCCAAAUUUCCAGUUACUUCAAUUCAGGACCUAGCUGGCCAGAGUCAUCCUUCCAACAAGGCCCUCGAGAGGAGAGAGUCGGUCGAUUUCUUGGUCUUCGAAAACUCCUUCGCAAAUCAAAACGAAAACAUACCACAAGUCGACUUGCAAAACUCGGCGUUAGUCUCGGAAUGAGAACGCAGCAACUACCUCCCAGUGCUGUGCGAAAACAUGCUAGUUAUGGAAGUGCUAGUGAAGAUUCUAGCAGCUCUUCAGAUGAGAGCGACGAUGAUGCUAGCGCAAAUGAUGGUAGUGAAAGUGCAGCAAGCGAGGGAGAUAUCGAUGACUUUGAGUCGGAGACCGAGGUUGAUAUGCCUCCUAUUACUCCCGUCAGAAGACGAAAAAGUCACGGUGACAGUAUACGUGGUCCACCACCCUCGAAAAAGUCAACAGGAGAGAAAGAGAUCAAGGUCCCAGAAACUACGCCCAAAAGUCCUGUCACUUCUGAACCCAGCGGUAGUCAAGCAAUAGCACCAGCACCGAACUUACCAACGCAAACCGAUAGAUCAGGUUCCAUCUCUGAACUUGCUGCUUCACGAAAGUCUGCAGCUUCUGGCUCCCACUCGACCGAAUCAAUUCAAGAACCCGUUCAAAGCCCAAUCAAACCAGGCCCCUCACCGUUAACAAGGAAAACUUCCACCGCAGAUGAACGACCAACGCUCUCUCGUCAUGCCUCCCUACCAAAAUUCUCUAGUAAACCCGUGCCUGUAACACGCGUCGCAACAGAAGACGGACCAGGCCCUACAAUCAUGUUCACAAAUACCCCAUCCCCACCUCCCCCCGCGAAUCGCCAUCGACGACUCCCUUCCGCCUACAGCACAAGCAGCAGCAUCAACCCAUACCCCUUUAAUCCCUCCAUUCCCGAGACUCCUCCCUCCCGCAACGGCAGUUCAUACGCCACGCAAUCUCUCCCACUCAGCUUCAACGACCUCCCAUGUCGUGCGCAGCAUCUCAUCCUGAACGAACUUAUCCAAGGCCACAGCGAGCUUACCGCCGUCGUCUUCACGACCCUGCCCAGUCCGGUGGAGGGCACGUGUCGUGAUGAGGAGGCGUGUGGGAGGUACCUUGGGGAGUUGGAGGUUCUGUGUCGGGAGUUGCCGCCGGUGCUUUUGGUGCAUAGUAAUAGUAUGACUGUUACUAUGAGUUUGUAGUGUUUUUGGGGAGGUGGAUGGUUGGGGGGGGG